UUUUUGAUCCCUUUGAUAAUUUAAUCACAAUGGCUCGUGGUCCCAAGAAACACAUGAAGCGUUUGGCAGCCCCCAAGCACUGGAUGCUUGACAAGCUUUUGGGUAACUAUGCUCCUAAGCCUAGCUCCGGUCCCCACAAGACCCGUGAAUGUCUUCCUUUGAUCGUCUUCAUCCGUAACCGUCUCAAGUACGCUUUGAACGGUCGUGAAACCCAAGCCAUUCUUAUGCAACGUUUGGUCAAGGUUGAUGGUAAGGUCCGUACCGACUCUACCUUCCCUGCUGGUUUCAUGGAUGUCAUCUCCAUCGAAAAGACCGGUGAAAACUUCCGUCUUGUCUACGAUGUCAAGGGUCGUUUCGCUGUCCACCGUAUCACUGACGAAGAAGCCAAGUACAAGCUCUGCAAGGUCAAGAAGGUCCUCGUUGGUGCCAAGGGUAUUCCUUACAUCACCACCCACGAUGGUCGUACCAUCCGUUACCCUGAUCCUUUGGUCAAGGCCAACGACACCAUCCGUUUCAACAUUGAAACCGGUAAGAUUGAAGAAUUCGUCAAGUUCGAAGUCGGUAACAUUGUCAUGAUCACUGGCGGUCGUAACAUUGGUCGUGUUGGUCAAAUCGUUCACCGUGAACGUCACAUUGGUGGUUUCGAAAUUGUCCACGUCAAGGAUUCUUUGGACCGUGUCUUCGCCACCCGUAUCUCUAACGUUUUCGUUAUUGGUCAAGGUUCCAAGCCCAUGAUCUCUCUCCCCAAGGGUAAGGGUAUCAAGCUCUCUAUCACUGAAGAACGUGACCGCCGUAGAGCCGCCGCUGCUGCUGCCAACUAAAUCUCUUAAAAAAGAUAAAUAAAAUCUCAUUUUUAUUAUUUUGUUGGACAAACUCGAGCCAAAAGUUAACCCAUA